AUGGUGUGGCCAUUGCGUCUUGCACGCAGUUGUGUCCGUAUAACGAAGCCGCGCGUCUUCGUGUCGCGUAGGCUUUCCUCUUCGAUACCAACAUCCUCCAGUGCGGCAGCGACCUUUUCUAUCCCAGAGCAGCCUAUUGACGUCCCGCAUGCUGAUGCUAAUGCCGUCCAAACGAGUCAACAGGAUGUUCGCGCACAGCUAGAAACAGAAGACCCAGUAGGCGCGCAGGACGCGUUGGAGCGUCAAAUCCGGCGCAUGCGCCGGAACAUGAUGCUAGACAUGUCUGGCAUGGCCAGCACGCAGACGCGUGAUACCUCUUUCCGUCCAUUCAAGAUGCGAACUCAGCCAGUGGAGCCGCAUCAACUUACUCUUUCACACCUACUUGCUGCUACGGCUCAAAUGGGACAUGCAAAGCAGCAUGUCACUCGCAGCUUCGAGCCGUAUUUGUAUGGAUACCGUCACGGCAUGGGUGUCAUCGAUGUCGAGCGAGCUACACUUCCUGCGCUGCGUCGAGCUAUUCAAGUUGUGCGUGGCAUCACUGAGAAUGAUGGUAUUAUUUUGAUAAUUGGCACGCGCCCGAAUCUUCGCCCUGCCAUUCGAUCCGCUAUUGAACGUCUGGGCGGCAAUGGAUUCCAUGUAAGCAUGGAUCGCUGGCUUCCUGGCGUUCUGACGAAUGCUUCUAAGCUAUUAGCCUCUGCCACGCAGUACAGCGUAAGAAGCAAGCAUAGCGACGACGAUGUGGAAGAAGUGCCAAAUAUGACCAAACUUGCGACGCAAGGCUACCGUCCAGAUCUGGUUAUCGUGCUAAAUCCAACGGAAAAUGGGCACGCGCUGCGCGAGGCUACUCAGUGCCAUAUACCGACAAUGGGCAUCAUCGAUACCAACGUUGAUCCUCGCUCCGUCACAUAUGCCAUCCCUGCGAACGACGACUCACCGCGCGUUGCUGAGCUUGUGAUCGGUCUGCUUAGUAAGGCCGGCGAAGAUGGUCUUCGUCGUAGACGGGCGGCUCUAGAGGCCUGGGAGAAAAGUCAACGCCACCAAAAGCGAAAGAAUACGUCAUCAACCUCAACAUCAACAUCAUCCUCUUCGCCAUCAUCGUCCUCGUCUCGCGGCCGCUCCUCGCCUCGACCAUCUACAUAG